AUGAGGUUUGCCAAGGGCGAGAAGUUGUCUCUGAGGUUCAUUGGACCCUUCGAGAUAUUGGAGAGAAUUGGGGAAGUGGCUUAUCGGUCAGCUUUAUCGCCACAACUUUCGGGACUACACGAUGUGUUUCAUGUGUCCAUGCUUAGGAGGUACGAACCCGACCCUUCUCAUGUAUUAGAUUGGGUUGAAUUGGAGGUGGAUGGGGAUGCCUCCUACAAAGAGCGGCCAAUUCAAAUCUUAGAUACCCGAGAACAAGUAUUACGAGGAAAAACCAUACCGUUAGUGAAGGUGUUAUGGAGGCACCAUGGGGUUGAGGAAGCAUCUUGGGAAAGGGAGGCGGAAGUCCGCUCCAAGUAUCCAGAUUUGUUUGAGCAUGUUACAUGA